CGAGCCGCUACAGCCACACCCUUGUGCACAGUAGAGCCCUCAACAUGAUUAAGAUAUGGAGCAUGAAGAAGAACGAGGAUGCGGCGGCGAGGAGGAAGCCAAAGACUAGUGCAGCGCAGAUCCGAGUACAGAAGGACCUCACAGAGCUGGAGCUAUCGUCAACGAUGAAGACCCACUUCCCAGAUCCUGCUGAUCUCCUUAACUUCACACUCACUAUCACUCCGGAUGAAGGCAUGUACAAAGGUGGCGCAUUUGUGUUCUCCGUGAACAUCAACACCAAUUAUCCACAUGAGCCUCCAAAGGUCAAAUGCACACAAACCAUCUACCAUCCGAAUGUUGAUCUCGAGGGCAAUGUCUGCUUGAACAUCUUGCGAGAGGAUUGGAAGCCCGUGCUUAAUCUGAACUCUGUCCUCGUCGGUCUCCAAUACCUCUUUCUCGAGCCCAACGCGGACGAUCCACUGAACAAAGAUGCCGCCGAGGAGCUGCGCAAGAAUCGGGAGCAGUUCCUACAGAACGUGAAGGCCUCGAUGCGAGGAGGGAACAUCCGAGGCGUGCAGUAUGACAAGCUCGCGGUGCAAUGAUGAGCCAGUGGCAUGGUGCCUACGGUCCGUCCUGGCUGAUCCUUGGGCGUGAGUCAUGCUCUAUGUAGCCAAGUAGCCGGUGGGGCGGAAAUGGAUUAGAGGUGUAAUAUGCUGUUCACAUAAUCUUCGUGUAUCUCUGCGCACGCACACUGUGGUAGAUCUCUCUCAUUCUCGCAUAUCUCCUUCUACAUUGCAGUUGGGUCAGUAAGCCAGCGAUGGGUCUCUCGUCUUGAAUCCACCGAGGCCCAGUAAUCGCGUGGAGGCACUGUACAUAUAUUGAGUGGACCUGUGGAUCGCACACGAUGAAUUCGGAUGACCUUGGCCUGU